CGUGUCUUGAACCGAGAACGAAUAGGUCCGUUUUAAAUUUUAUAAAUCAAAAAAUAUAUCAAAAUGAAAAGUUUUGUUCCCUGUGAUCCAGGAUGUGAUUUUCCUAUUCAAAAUUUACCAUACGGCGUAUUUUCGACACCGGCAAAUCCUGUGCACAGAAUUGGAGUUGCCAUUGGAGCUCUCGUAUUAGAUUUGAGUGGAGUAUUGCAUUUUUUCAAACCAGAAUAUCAGGUCAGUUUACACAAUUUAAUGUAUGCCACAACUCUCAACCCAUUGAUGGGCCUAGAAAAAUCUGAUUGGAAACAAAUUAGGGAGACCAUACAAAAAUUGCUGUUGGAAGGUUCGGAACUUCACAGAAAUGAAGAACUCCAACAAAAAGUAUUGCUUCCACAAGCGUCGUGCAUCAUGCACUUACCAGCUACUAUUGGAGACUACACCGAUUUCUAUUCUAGCAUACAUCAUGCCACCAAUGUUGGAACAAUGUUUAGGGGAAAAGAUAAUGCUUUAAUGCCCAACUGGAAAUAUUUGCCGGUUGGAUAUCACGGUCGCGCAAGCUCAGUUGUUGUCUCUGGAACUGAUAUCCGAAGACCAUUGGGACAAACUUUACCAGUUGAUGGAGCUGAACCACAUUUUGGUCCUUGCAGACUUAUGGAUUUUGAACUGGAAGUAGCAUUUUUUGUAGGUGGCAAGCCAACAAAAUUGGGUCAAAGAGUACCAGUUGCAAAUGCUCAAGAUCAUAUUUUUGGAAUGGUUCUUAUGAAUGAUUGGAGCGCACGUGACAUACAAAAAUGGGAAUACGUGCCAUUGGGACCAUUCACUGCAAAGAAUUUGGGCACAACAAUAUCACCAUGGGUUGUUACAAUGGAUGCUCUUGAGCCAUUCAAAGUAGACAACUUUCCCCAAGAUCCACAACCAUUUGAUUAUUUGAAACACAGCGACAACUAUAACUUUGAUAUUAAACUUAAUGUUGAUGUUAAACCACAAGGAGGAAUUCCUAGUACUGUAUGCAGAUCAAAUUACAAAUAUAUGUACUGGACGCCUAAACAACAGUUAGCUCAUCAUACAGUGACUGGAUGUAACGUUUCUCCAGGAGAUUUAAUGGCCAGUGGCACUAUUAGUGGAGAGGAAUCUGACUCUUUCGGAUCAAUGCUGGAGCUCAGCUGGAAAGGAACAAAACCUGUGCAACUAGCAGGAGGAGAGACGCGCAAAUUUUUACAAGACGGAGAUGAAGUAAAUAUAACAGGAUUUUGUGAAAAAGAUGGAGUCAGAAUUGGUUUUGGUGAAUGCCGAGGAAAAGUUUUGCCUUUUGAACCUCUUUCAUAAAGUUUAUUGACGAUUUUAAUA